UACUACAAUUAUUUCAAUUUGCGAGUCGCGAAGACCCACACAUCUCAAUCCCAGUUGCGAAGUACCAAUCAAGCAUUCCGAGCGCUUUGCUUUCAGAGUUUAUCUUGUGAUUGAAGCAUAGUCGGUAGAUCUAACAGAGACCCUAAUAUUUACUUAAGAAACAAAGAAGAGGGAGAAGGAGUGAGAAAAUGGAUAGGAUGAACCAGGCAUUUGAGAAGGUGAAGAUGCUGGUGGGAAUGGAAGUAGAAGACGACGAAGAACAAGAAGCAGCCGAUAACAACAGCAGUUUUAUGGAUGAGUUUAAUCGUGAAUGCACACUCACUACUAAACAGAGAUUUUAUGGUUUUGCCAUAUGCUUCGUUGCUGGCUUUACUUGUACGAUAUUGUCGAUGCUGGUUUUCUUUAAUCCAGUCAAGUUCGGCAUCACAUUUACAUUUGGAAAUUUGCUUUCACUUGGAAGCACAGCAUUUCUCAUAGGCCCAAAGCGACAAGUGAAUAUGAUGCUUGAUCCUGUUCGAAUAUAUGCCACAGCCUUAUAUCUUGCAAGUAUUAUUAUUGCCCUCUUUUGUGCUCUCUAUGUUCAUAGCAAACUGUUGACACUUCUGGCAAUAAUUCUAGAGUUUGGUGCACUAGUUUGGUAUAGCUUGAGUUACAUACCUUUCGCAAGGUCCAUGGUUUCAAAGGUCAUGCUAGCAUGCCUUGAUACUGAAUUUUAGUUUGAUUUCCACCAACAGAAAAGAGUGGGAACUUGAAUUAUUGAAGAACAUGAUUUAGGCAGAUAUCAUGCAGCCUAGCUGCGGUUGUACAGAGAGGGACAAAUUCAGCUGAAGUGUAUCCACUAUUAACGCCCAGUUUUGAAAUGUGAAUCAUCGAUGCAUUAUCAACUUCCUUCGGUUGUCCUUGUCAAGAUUAUUGGCUGUGACCGGUCUGUAAUAAUUUCUUUGCAUACUGGGUGCUUUGCAUGAAAUUGGUUUGGCUGUGUUCAGGGACGUUCACCUUUUUCAGACCAUGUGAAGUAGCUAAUUUUUGAGCUUUCUAAUGCAUAAAUACGUACAAAUGUUGAUGGCCUGAGCUAAGCGGCUUGUAAGUUUCA